ACGUUUCCUGCGGUCCAGAGAGAUGCAUGACAAAACUUGCUGAUUCAUAGAUUCGCAUUUCGCACUAGGUUUACAAAUAAAUAAUUCACUAUACAAGUCUUCGUAGAUAUCAGUCAGACGAAAUAGUUUUAUAUGCGCUAGAAUAACAAUAUAUAGCACAAAUGGAAUGUGUAAUCGGUAUCUGUGGUAAAGACUUUGUUCUUUGUGCAUCCGAUACAACAUCGGCACGAAGUAUUGUGGUCAUGAAGAGAGAUCAUGACAAGUUAUUUAAGAUCGGUCCAAAAAUGGCACUGAUGGUCACAGGAGAAUCCGGUGAUACAGUGGAGUUUGCAGAAUACAUUGCACGCAACAUACAGCUGUACAAGAUGCGAAAUGGAUAUGAUUUGAGUCCAAUUGCUGCUGCUAACUUCACACGGAAAACAAUGGCAGACUCGUUGCGUAGCAGGAAUGCCUACAUGGUUAACCUGCUGCUAGCUGGCUAUGACGAGGAGCAAGGCGCAUCCCUGUACAUACUCGACUACUUGGCAUCUAUGCAGAAAGUGCCGUAUGGCAUACACGGUUAUGGCUCAUUCUUCUCCCUCAGCAUCAUGGACAGAUACUACAAACCUGAUAUGUCAAAAGAAGAAGCUCUGAUACUGGUCAACAAAUGUAUAGAUGAGAUCCAGCACAGAUUUCUUGUGAGUCUGCCGACAUUCCACAUACGGGUCAUAGACAAGACUGGGAUUCACGACUACCCUACGACAACUUCAGUAGCAAGCCCCAUGUCUUAGUAGCCACAUGGGUGCAGGUAGACAGUUCUUUUACCACAAGACAUAGCAAUGGAAACUGACACACAGCGGGUGGUCACAGAUGGCUUGUGUUGUCCAUCUGUGUAACUUAUUUUGGGAUUUACCAUGUGUUGUGUUCCAACAUCAAACGUUGGCAGUAGAACUGUCGGUAUUGCAUGCGUCAAUUCAAUGGAUGCUGUGACGUUAUGCAGUGUUGAAAACUUGCAUUUUCUCAAAGAAACAUACAGUCAUUGCUGAAACCCUGCUUAUUGUUUGGUAGGCAAGUUAACCUGCAGUGGGGUUUGCACUGCAAGUAUGCAUUGUAGUUAUUGGGAAAGCACAAAUUGUCUAUAUACCAGUUGAUGAGUAAGUUUUGCGAGCUGUACUUUUGUAGCAAUGAGAAGGAAACAAUGGAGACCUCAUGCAAACACGAACCAAUAGGUUUAAUAUUUGCAUAAGGUGUGCGAUGAUGUGAACUUGACACGGCAGGUACAUUUACCUGAUGUAGUGUGAACAUGUGCUGCAAAGAAAAUCAGCAGCUUUCAUGUAAACAAAGCGAUAAUAAAGAUUAUGAAAGAAGA